AUGGACGUGCUAGAUGAGAACGAGGCCCUACAGCAGUUCUUUGAAGCUCAUGGAGCCAGUGGCACUUUGGAGAAUCCAGCCCUGGAUACGAGUCUGCUUGAAGAAUUCCUGGGCAAUGACUUCGAUUUAGGAGCCCUGCAGCGGCAGCUCCCUGACACCCCGCCCUACUCUGCAUCGGACCCUCGUUCUCCUCCACAGGUCAAAGGCGCGUGCUGCGGGACCCCGAGGCCUACAGCAGGGAGGAUCCCCGCCACCUUCCUCCAUUCCAGCACCUCACCCGGACUGCUGCCCGAGCACCCACCCCAGAGCAUGUCCAGCCAAACCCACAGCAGCUUUCACAACGACUACCUGGACUCCACGCACCCCGCCAGCUCCCGCCACCAAACCGGACCGUUCCAUCUGGGCAUGAGCUGCCCUUACCAUCAGCAGCCUCUGUGCCACCCUCCCGGAGCCUCCUUGCCUCUCACAAAGAAGAGAAAGCACGAGCAGAUGCAAGUGGAGUGUGGGGACUGCCACCCACGGGCCCACCCCUUCAGUCCAAUGACAAGUAGGACUCACAGCAUCGACGUGCAGGACCAUGACAGAGAGGGACAUAAUGGGACGCCCGUGGGCCAGUACUCUCCUGCUCUGAAGUGGCAGCCAUAUCAAAGUGUCCCUUGGCAUAGCUUAUUAAACGGUCAUUAUGAAAAACUGCCUGAUGUAGGCUAUCAAGUUGUGGCGGACAAAGGCUUCAGUUUCUCGCCAGUAGAUGAGGCUUUUGUUUGUCAGAAGAAGAACCAUUUCCAGAUAACCAUCCACAUCCAAGUCUGGGGAAGUCCGAAGUUUGUGAAAACCCAAAUGGGACUAAAGCCCAUAGAAAUGUUUUACUUGAAAGCUUUUGGACUUAAGGUAGAAGCCACCAAUCAAGUGAUUGCUAUCGAACAGUCCCAAGCAGAUAGAACCAAACAGACUUUUGAUCCUGUUAAAGUUGACCUCCUGACUGACCAGGUCACCAAAGUAACGCUGGGACGAUUGCACUUCGGUGAAACCACAGCGAACAACAUGAGAAAGAAGGGGAGGCCGAACCCUGACCAGAGGUACUUCAUGCUGGUGGUGGGAUUGUACGCCGCUAACCAAGACCAGCUCUACCUGUUGGCUGCCCACAUCUCCGAAAGGAUCAUCGUUCGGGCCUCCAACCCCGGGCAGUUCGAAGGUGACAGUGAUGCAUUGUGGCAGCGAGGCCACGUUCCAGAAUCUGCCAUCUGUCACGGUCGCGUAGGAAUAAACACAGAUGCACCUGAUGAAGCCCUGGUUGUCUGCGGCAACGCGAAAGUGAUGGGAACCAUCAUGCAUCCCUCUGACAGCCGGGUGAAGGUGAACGUCCAAGAGGUUGACACAAAUGAACAGCUGAGAAGAAUAGCCCAGAUGAGGAUUGUUGAAUAUGACUACAAACCAGAAUUUGCAUCCGCCAUGGGGAUAAACUCUGCCCACCAAACAGGAAUGAUUGCCCAAGAGGUGCAAGAGAUCCUGCCCAGAGCCGUAAGAGAGGUUGGGGAUGUCCCCUGUGGAAACGGGGAGACACUGGAGAACUUCCUCAUGGUGGACAAGGACCAGAUCUUCAUGGAGAACGUGGGGGCGGUGAAGCAGCUCUGCAAGCUGACCAACAAUCUGGAAGAAAGGAUAGAGGAGUUAGAACUGUGGAACAAAAAGCUGGCCAGGCUAAAGCGCCUCAGUAGCAGCUGGAAGUCCUCUGUCAGCGAAGCUAGCUCAGUCAGCAAAUUUAGCAGAGCUGUUAGUACAUCUUCACCAAGAAGGGCCAAAAAGCCCAACAAGGUCUCCUUUUCAGGAAGGAAGCAAUCCUGUCCUAACUGGGUUUUCCAGACACUGGUUAUAGCUCUAAUUGCUGUAAUGACGUUUUGUGCCUUGACAAUAGUCGCCCUUUAUAUACUGAGCUUGAAGGAUCAAGACCAGCGCUACCCAAGUCUCCCUCCAAGCACCACGACACGUUCUCCAGAGCCAGCCCUGCUAUCCACACCUUCCCCCUCAGUUACCCGCACAACCUUGGCAACCUCACAGACCUCCCCUCAAGUACCUGAGAUCACUUUCUGCGAGAUCCUGACGUGUCAGGAAACUUACUGCUGCCCUGUGUGGAGACCAAGAACGCUAUCUUCAAGUCCUGCACAAAGACAGCUGGAGGCAGAGAGAGAAAUCCGUCAGAGAUGGUGGGCAGAAGACGAAAGCCAGUCAUCCCUGGCAAGAGAUGCGCCUCUCAGGCCUGACUGGGAGAGUGACUGGAUCGACACAACCAUCACUUCUAUUCAGAUUUUGGAAAUCCAGCAAGUGAUAGACCGUCGGUACUGCAGCAGACUGCUCCGCUGCGGGCCUGGACAUUAUAAUUAUAAUAUUCCUGUUAAUAAGAACACACCCACCAACGUCAAGUUCUCCCUGGAAAUCAACACUACAGAGCCACUGAUAGUCUUCCAGUGCAAAUUCACCGUUGGGAAUAUAUGUUUCCACAGUCAAAAAGAAAAUGCCCAAAGCCACGAAGAAGACUCCCAGAUGACACAGGGUUAUCAGCACAUUUGGAGCCUUCCGGUGGCCCCAUUCUCUGACAGUGCCUACCAUUUCCGAGUAGCUGCACCAGAUUUAGCUGACUGCUCCACGGAUCCUUUUUUUGCUGGGAUUUUCUUCACAGAUUACUUCUUUUAUUUCUAUCGACGUUGUAACUAAUUUAUUCAAGUGUGAGGACUUUACCAAAGAGAAGUAUGCAGAAAUACAGUUACCAG